UUUAAAACGCCUACGAGAAAUAUUUUAUAAAACAGUUACUGUUAAGUUAUUAACUUAAUUGUAAUUAUAGCAACUGCCACUUAACUGUUGGCUUUGUAACGGCUUAGCCAACGUUAGCUAGUUUAACGGCUAACAAUAUCCUGUAGUAAUAAAACGGUGGUAACGAUUUGUAGCAGAAUAGACAGUAGUUUAGUGUCAAAAUCUUCCUUGUAGCUGGCUGCUAACUCGAUCAUUACAGUUAAAUACGUGUCAUUUAAUCUUGAAAAGUCAUUGACAACGGCUAAACGUUGUAUUUAGGAUAACGUUAUCUAAAAAAAUUCAACAUUGAUGACCUGAUUAAUAAUAUUCGACUGAAUGGAGUUGAAGGAAUGCAGGAGCCCGAAGUUGAAGAGUUGGUGGACAAAAUAAGGAACACGCAUGAAGCUAACAGAGCCACGGAAAAAGACAUUAAGGAGAUGGAAUCAGUCAUUGGCUCUUUGCAGGAAGAACAAGCAAAUUUACAAACUGAAGCAGAGCGACUGGAAGCAAUUCUUGAAGAACAAGAAGAGUUGGCCAGGAAGGUGCAGAUCCAACAGGAGUUGUCUGAGCAAGCCUGUUUCAGGCAGGAACAGGAAGACAAAAAAAAGGUGGAAGAGGUGGAACAGAUCAGAUGUCAAAUCGAGGAAAUCAAGUUUAAACAUAGGAAACUGCGGAUGAAGUUUGAAAGCCAACUUGAGGAAGUGAUUGUGGAACAUAAGAAUCUGUACAAGGUCUUUAGUCCAAAAAAUCUCCUAGAUGAAAUAGCGCGUGCUGAAGUAAGAAAAUGUCAGCUGUCAGAAGUUGAACAAAUUAAGUUGACUCACUUGCGCAACCUUCAAGAGAAGCUAGAAGAGAUGAAGAAGCAGCCAGCAACAGCAGCUGCAGAGACUUAGGAGUGAUUGUUGCGUGAGUGUUGAGCAUCAGCUUCCCCACCACUACUGACCCCUCCCUCCCAGACCAGCUAAACACCUUCUUCGCCCACUUUGAGGACAGCUCCAGCUCCAACACGGAACCAGAACCGGACAAAAACACCACCUCCCCAGUGACGACCAACCACUCACUCUCCAGGCCUAUCAGGUAAAAAGAGCACUACACAACAUCAAAUGUAAUAAAGCAACUGGGCCUAAUGGUGUUCCGGGAUGAGUGCUAAAGAUGUGCUGGACAACUCGGUGCAGUAUUCACACACAUCUUCAACAUAUCACUACAACAAGCCACAGUCCCCACCUGUCUGAAAACUGCUACCAUAAUCCUCAUACCCAAAACCUCUAAUAUCACAAGUCUGAAUGAUUACCAGCCAGUUGCUCUCACACCAGUGAUCAUGAAAUGCUUUGAGAGACUAAUACUGCUCCACAUUAGAGCCUGCUUCCCCCCUGACCUCCACCAACAGGAAACAGAACCAAUAGAUCCACCGAUCCACCUGGAAAACCCCAACAGUUAUGUCAGGAUGCUGUUCAUCGACUAUAGUUCAGCACUCAACUCCAUCAAUCCAAAUAAACUGAUCAGCAAACUGCAAACACUCGGUCUGGGAGCCCUUCUCUGUCAGUGGAUUAAAGACUUUCUUAAAAACAGUUCUUUUCUAAAGUAAUUUGCCUGAGCCGUUUGAUUUAAUUUUUAACAAAUAUUUAACCAAUGUUAACUUAGCAUUUUCUAAAAUGUCUUUGCGGAGCUCUGGUACAAGUUGCACUGUCCGUGUCUGUAACGACUAAUAAUCAGUCUAAGCUAAAUUUUUGUCUUCAGCAACUGUGUGUUGAACAUGUAACCAGAACAAAAAGGGAUUGUUCCUGUUGCCAAAGGAACCAUUGAUAUGAAAAAUAAAACCACAAGAGUUUCACAAGUCAUAGUGAAAAAGUCAUACAUCAGAAUAAGCAGAAGAGAAUGACACGUAGACUGACAGGUCCGUCACUCAACGUCAGUACAUGAUAUCCCUGUCUUUCCCCGUCUGACUUCAUUCUCAACCUACAUUAGAAAAUUCUCGUUAUAAAAUAAACUCAGCAACAAUCCUUGAAAUAUGUAUUUCGUCAUUAGGGCUGAGAAUGUGUUUCUGAUGUACCGUACUUCCUUUAUAUCGUAUGAAAAAAUAAAUGCCAAAAGUUAUUUCUUUUGCUACUACUUUAUAUUACUAUUACUGAAGUCUGCUGCUAAAUUCAGCAUCAUGUUUCCCUCAUAACUGUUUUUAAUAAAUCAUAAGUUAAAAAAAAACAUGUAAACUGCAUCGUUAAUGCAGACGAGCAGAGGAUUAGCUGGGAAACAACACAUUUAUUCACUUUACACGGAGCUACAGUUAAUACUGAAUUAUGUUACAUGUUUGCUGAAUGUGUUAGUAUCUCUUAGUAAGUCAUCAGAAAUCGUAAGUCAUCUUUAGAAGGACCAGAAGUUUACCUCAAGCUAGCUCGGGCCAUGUUAAAGUUAAUAUAUUAAUGGAGCAAGGCAAGCUAAUUGCUAGCAUGCACGGUUGAAAAGGGGAAAAAAAACAAUGCUUUGAGACAGCUGUCAGAGAUGGCAGAAGCAUGAUCACAUAAUCCUGUUUGAGCUAUAACAGGUGGUGUGUUCUACAUUUUAUUUCCCAAUUGCUUUUCGAAAUAAGAAUAGAGUACUAUAAACAAACUGUUACCAUUGGAAAUCGCUGGUUUCGGUUUGACGUCGAAAGUUGCACCCAUAACUCAGGCAAGGUAUCACGGGGGCUAGGAAUAAGGUGGGUAACAUACAGUGACAAUAUAGGAUCUAUCCAUCUAUCUAACAAUAUACACUAUAUAUUUGUGCACACAAUCAUGUUCAGUUUCACUUUAAGAUUUCAUAAAAGACUUUUAUUGCAGUAUUUCAAAAACAAUGUAAUACUCUCUGAGGUUUUUAAAAAAAAACACACAUUGACCCUGUGCAACUGAUUUCCCCCUAAUUAAUGCCAAUUAGUUUUUACAGCCAGGACCACACACUUGCAUAUUUCUGAAAGCUAAACAGAAGGCACUUUAAUAGUACAGUGAGGGUGGUCAUUAUCUGAUUUGUUAUUUAGCCCCUUUUUUAUAUAAAUACGUACAAUAUAAUCCAGUACAGAAAACAGUGUAACCCCUGAAGUGUCCAUAUAGUAAUAGAACCUCCAAAUCUGUGACGUUCUGUAAAAGAAAAAAAAAAGAAAAGAAAAAACUUUAAAUGGUUUGAUGCCCAGUCAAGCUCUCAAGCAACCUGGGAAUUGUACCAUGUAACUAC